GGCGCAGAGGCCUGCGGGAAGCCAAAAUGGCGCAUAGGGGUUCUCUAGGGCGCAGUUGGCACUUUAUCAGUAUCUAAGCGGAGUGUUUUGGAAGGAGUUAAGGGGCUGUGGCAAACGCCCUCUCCGCCGUCAUGGCCCGGCAUCGGAAUGUUCGAGGCUAUAACUACGAUGAAGAUUUUGAAGAUGAUGAUCUCUAUGGCCAGUCUGUAGAGGAUGAUUAUUGUAUUUCGCCAUCAACAGCUGCUCAGUUUAUUUAUUCACGGCGUGACAAACCUUCCGUUGAGCCUGUAGAAGGAUAUGAUUAUGAAGAUCUGAAAGAAUCUUCCAAUUCUGUUUCGAACCAUCAGCUCAGUGGAUUUGAUCAAGCUCGUCUUUAUUCGUGCCUUGAUCACAUGAGAGAGGUACUUGGAGAUGCUGUGCCAGAUGAAAUAUUAAUUGAAGCAGUUCUGAAGAACAAGUUUGAUGUGCAGAAGGCUUUGUCAGGGGUUCUGGAACAAGAUAGAGUGCAGAAUUUGAAGGACAAGAAUGAGGGAACAGUAUCUACAAGAAAGAUAGCGAAAGAUGAACUUCAACAUCAACUUGGCAUUUUCCCCCCCAAAAUAGUCCCAGUGGACUUGUUCUACCAGAUCAUUCUUAAUUUGUUAUGUACUCUUGAAACUUAUCUGCAUGACACUUAAGCAAAUAAAAAACACUGAGUUCAAGCCAAGGAAAACCAGUAGAUUCCCAGAUAUCGCGAAGUGAAUCUGAAAUUGUGCCAAAAGUUGCUAAAAUGACUGUAUCUGGAAAGAAGCAAACUAUGGGAUUUGAAGUGCCUGGAGUAUCUUCUGAAGAAAAUGGUCAUAGUUUCCACACACCUCAAAAAGAACGGCCCAUUGAAGAUGCCAUUGCUUCUUCUGAUGUUCUUGAGACUGCUUCUAAAUCUGCUAAUCCACCCCACACGAUUCAAGCAUCAGAAGAGCAGAGUUCAACCCCAGCACCGGUGAAAAAGUCUGGCAAGCUGAGGCAGCAAUUAGAUGUGAAGGCGGAACUGGAGAAGCGGCAAGGAGGGAAGCAGCUCCUCAACUUGGUGGUCAUUGGUCAUGUUGAUGCUGGGAAAAGUACUCUGAUGGGCCAUAUGCUUUAUCUUCUGGGUAAUAUAAACAAAAGAACUAUGCAUAAGUAUGAACAGGAGUCUAAAAAGGCUGGCAAAGCUUCGUUUGCAUAUGCAUGGGUCUUGGAUGAAACUGGCGAAGAAAGGGAAAGGGGAGUAACCAUGGAUGUUGGUAUGACAAAGUUUGAAACCACAACCAAAGUUAUUACAUUAAUGGAUGCUCCAGGCCAUAAGGACUUCAUUCCAAAUAUGAUUACAGGAGCAGCCCAGGCGGAUGUAGCUGUUUUAGUUGUAGAUGCCAGCAGGGGAGAGUUUGAAGCUGGAUUUGAGACUGGAGGACAAACACGAGAGCAUGGACUCUUGGUCCGUUCUCUGGGAGUGACGCAGCUUGCUGUUGCAGUUAAUAAAAUGGAUCAGGUUAAUUGGCAACAAGAAAGAUUUCAAGAGAUUACUGGAAAACUUGGGCACUUUCUUAAGCAAGCAGGUUUUAAGGAGAGUGAUGUAGCUUUUAUUCCUACAAGUGGUCUCAGUGGUGAAAAUCUAAUCACAAGAUCUCAGUCAAGUGAACUCACAAAAUGGUAUAAAGGACUAUGUUUAUUAGAACAAAUUGAUUCCUUUAAGCCUCCCCAGCGAUCUAUUGACAAGCCUUUUAGAUUAUGUGUGUCUGAUGUUUUCAAAGAUCAAGGAUCUGGAUUUUGCAUAACUGGUAAAAUUGAAGCUGGUUAUAUACAAACUGGUGACCGACUACAAGCAAUGCCUCCUAAUGAAACUUGUACCGUAAAAGGAAUCACUCUGCAUGAUGAACCUGUUGAUUGGGCAGCAGCAGGCGAUCAUGUUAGUCUUACUUUGGUUGGGAUGGAUAUCAUCAAAAUCAAUGUUGGCUGUGUGUUUUGUGGCCCCAAAGAACCCAUUAAAGCUUGCACUCGCUUCAGAGCCCGAAUCCUCAUCUUUAAUAUUGAAAUUCCUAUCACUAAAGGAUUUCCUGUGCUGUUACACUACCAAACUGUCAGUGAACCCGCCGUUAUUAAACGAUUGAUUAGUGUCUUAAACAAAAGCACGGGUGAAGUCACAAAGAAAAAGCCUAAGUUUUUGACUAAAGGCCAGAAUGCAUUGGUAGAGCUGCAGACACAAAGACCAAUAGCUCUUGAGCUAUAUAAAGACUUUAAAGAGCUGGGGAGGUUCAUGCUACGUUAUGGUGGUUCUACAAUAGCUGCUGGUGUUGUCACUGAGAUAAAAGAAUGAUGGGUCAGAAUUUCUGCCGUGUUUCCGGAUACAGUGAAAUAGCUAACCUCUGUUUCAAAGAAUCCAGUCAUUAAGUCAAAGGAACAAUGUGCAAUUGGUAUUUUUUUUAGAUGAGAGGAAAAAUUAAAGCUAAAAUUAGCUGCAAAGAAGUAUUAAUAAUCACCUCUGCAAAAAUUAUAAGUUCCCAACUGGCAAAGAAAGGCUCAUGUUAAAAACAACUUUCCCUUUGAAAUGUUAGUAAAUGGAUUUACUUCGCUGAGAUUUAUGGCAAGUGUCAAAAAUAGUAUCCGAAGAUACUGAAUCAUCAUGAAAUGAACUCUACUUCUGGCCAAAGCACAAUGUAUUUGCAGUUUUCUCUUUUGAUUCAAUUAUACUUCACAUGUUUUAAGGAAAAGUAACUUAAUUGGGUUUUUCAGGCAGUUGAUAUUUGACCUAAGCUUUUUUGUUUGUUUGUUUGUUUGUUUUCCUCCAGUUAACGCUAAGAAAAGAUUUGGGGAAGGUUAUAAUAAAGGUAUUUUGUGGUGACCAUAAGAAUGUCCCUCCCCAAACAAGUAAACUUGUGAAAGUUUAAUUUGGAAUUAGUGGAAGCUGUUCCUUUGAAAGCCAAGAUAUUAUUUAAGUUGUAAAGCCACCUAAUAAAAUGCCUUAGUUUGAGCAUAAUACAAA